AUGGCCACAACCGAACAAAAAGAAGGCUCAAUCCAUCAAGAUGAAUAUCCUUCCAAACCCUCAAACAAUCCCAUGUUUAAAGGCGUCUCACCCGAAAAACAACAAAUCUACCUCGCCUACGCAGCCAAAGAUGACGAAUGGAAAACCUUUCACACAAAAAAGCUACUACGCAAAGUAGACUUCAGAUUAUUACCGCUGCUGGUGAUGAUGUACCUUUUGAACUUUCUAGAUCGGAGUAAUCUGGCACAAGCGAGACUCGGCACGCUGGAAGAAGAUUUGGGGAUGACAGGGACGGAUUUUAACUUAGCGACGUCGAUUUUGUUCGUGGGAUACUUACUAAUGCAACUCCCUUCGAACCUGCUACUCACCCGAGUCCGACCAUCGAUCUACCUCGGAACAGUUAUGACUAUUUGGGGUGUAGUGUCAACCGCCCAAUCCGCAGUCCACUCUUUCGGCUCCCUGCUCGCCUGCCGGAUUAUGUUGGGUAUUGCGGAAGCGCCGUUCUUUCCUGGUGCCAUCAUGCUCAUGUCAUCUUGGUACACUAGACAAGAGCUAAGUCAUCGCAUCGCAUGGUUCUACUCUGGUAGUGCGCUUGCGAAUAUGUUUGGUGGUGUCCUGGGAGCAGGUGUGUUGGGUAAUCUGAAUGGAGCGCAUGGGAUUGCGGGGUGGCGGUGGUUAUUUAUUAUCGAGGGAGUAAUUACCAUUGGUAUCGCUCUUUGUGCAAUUUUCAUCCUUCCUAAUUUCCCAGCGUCUUCGAUGUGGUUAAGCGAAGACGAAAGAUCUUUCGCUGAAUGGCGACUCGUGGACGACGCGAAGGAAUCCGAUGAUACUGAUGCUGUAUCUCUUCUAGCUGGACUGAAGAUGGCACUUACGGAUUACCGAGUCUAUAUUUUCCUGCUCUUCCAACAUGUUUCUCUUCUUUCACAGACCUUCCAGUACUUCUUUCCAUCCAUAGUGGAAACGCUGGGCUACGGACAUAUUGAAACUUUGCUUCUUACAGUCCCGGUUUGGUUCGCUACCUUCCUCGUUUCUCUUUUGGUGACUUGGACAUCUGGAAAGACUGGCGAUAGGUCUAUCCACAUCAUCUGCUUGAUGCUUGUAUCUGCCGUCGGCAACGCAAUCGCUACUGGCACAACCCAGACUGGUGCCAGGUUCUUCGCUAUGUUCCUGAUGCCAAUGGGUGCCGUAUCAGCCUACCAAAUCAUCGUCGCCUGGGUCGCCAACAGUUUUCACAGACCUCUCGUAAAACGCUCUGCAGCAAUUGCAAUCUGCAACAUGUUUGGCAACACGGCGUCCAUCUACGGUUCUUAUAUGUAUCCAAAGUCGGCUGGUCCGCGAUACAUUCCUGGAGGAAGCGCUAACGCGGUAAUCUGUUUGCUUGUUGCUAUUUUUGCUGUUAUUCUAAGGUUCGUGCAUAUUCGUGAGAAUAAGAAACUUGAGAUGGUGGAAGCGGAGGCGAUGGGUGAGUAUGAGGGCGAUAAUGGCAGGGAGAGGAGUGAGGGGUUUAGAUAUGUGUUUUAA